UUUAGUGCGGUUUACUGAUAUGUUUACUUAGCAAUAACUACAUCUGUUGGGUUUUUGUCUCUUUUAGUAAGUGUUCCUUUUAUUAGAGAACAAGCCGUUAAAGUAAAUCACGGUUAAAAAAAAGCAGUUUCCGCUGCUAAAUUAGAGAUAUGUUAGCAAUAAUGUCGAGUUUAUUAUAACGUGAGCUAGCUAGCACAUCGUGUUGCUGCAACGUUAACUUUCGCCUGACAGACCCUAUGCUCUAAAUGCCUAUGCAAGGAUUUUAAAGUUAGUUGAAUAAGAUAAGACGUGUUGUCCCAGUAAACGUUACCAUGGAUCGAUACAACGAUGUAAAAAUUCAGCUGAAAACCUGGGAGCAGGGGUUUGUCAAAGACCACCAGAGGAAACCAAACAAGGAGGACAUUGAUCAAGCUCCAGAUGAGACCAGGAUCCUGUAUAAAGAGUACCGCAGUUUGAAACAAGCCAAAGACAACAGGAGCAGUGAUGCAGGCAGCGGACACGUUGAACAAGCCAGAUCUACAGCUGCGGUCAACACACCACAGAAGGAGGCAGACUGUUGGGGAUCCCAUCUGAACCGCAGUUCACAGCCUGCACCUUCUCCCAGACUGACAGCCGAGGAGAGAGACAAUCUGCAGGCCUCUGCCCAAUACUAUGGCAUGAAACUGAAAAACAACAUGGGGACACUCGGUAAGGAGAGACCUGUCUCACUGAAGAAAUCGUUCCUUCCUGGUCGGGUGCCUCUUAACUCCCUGAAAGAUGGACUAACUGGACAGACGAACAGCCCUGUUGCGACCCCUGUGAAGAACCCUUUCAAUGGACCCAGAUCCAGCCCCUUCACACCAAGAAGAUUUAACACACCCCACGGCCUGGCUUCAAAGACACCCCAGAAAGCGGAGCCUGAAGAGCCGUGUGCACCCUUUGAAUCUGUCAAAGAUUCUUGUGAAGAACCUGCAAGUGCUGCUAUUAGUUAUAGUAGUCCUAGUGUUAUAAGUAGUAAGAGUUGUACUAGCAAAGUUAUUAGUUCACAAAAUCUGAAUAUCUCUCAUCUAGCUCCCUCUCCAGCCAGAUCUUCUUCACUGUUGUCAUCAUUAUCUUCUCCAAGUAGGCCAGGCACUUUAAGAGGAGAUGUAGGAGCCACGGGCAAAUUAAAUGAAAGUAUAGGAGCUUUAGGAGACAAAGAAGAACAUGUGGACACUUUCAGAACUCCUCAUAAGGUUGAUGAUGAGGCAGGUGUUGGAGCUUUGAUCAGCUUGAGGGGAAGCCCUCAGGUUAUUGCUGGUUUCAGAGGAGGACUGGCAGGAAAGCCCUCUCCUGCCAGCAGAUUGAGUUUUGUUGACAAGAAGUGGCUGGAGAGGUGUCAGGUGUUCGGAGAGAUGGGGGCUGAGGUGAAGCCUGGAGCAGGCAACAUGGAGAAAAGAGGAGAGUGUGAAGAGGGAAGAGAAACAAAAGUGAAAACACAAGAAGAGGAGAAAUCUGGAAAAGAAGAAAUACAUGUAGCCGAAGAAAGAAAAGCAGCAAAAGUCUCGGGAGAAGUUAAAGAGCCUAAGAGCAUUACCCAUGACAAAACAGUCAGUGAACGUGAACCAGAACCUUCUCUACAACACACUGGAAAAAGCCAUCAAGGAAAAAGGAAAGGGAAAUCAAAAGCGAAGGAAGAUAUGGAGGAGAUGGAAAGAGGACUGACACCACCUUUAACGCCAGAAGAGGACAAUGAGGGGAGUAACAAAUCCAAAGGUGGAAAGAAGAAAGGGAAGAAAAGGCAGAGAGAGGCAGAGCACAUGGACGCAGAGACGCCAGAGGAGGGAGGAGUGAAGAAGAGGCGGAGGAAUGGUAAGAAGAAAGAGGAGAGCUCUGAUGGAAACCCCAGCACAGCUCCAGAAGGAGGGAAGAAAAAGAGAUCCAAGAAAAAGGGAGAUGAAGACGAGGAGGCAGAAGAAGAGAAAAAAACCAAGGAACCAACAAAGCUUCCUCAGGAGAACUUGUUAGGAGAAAUAGAGGAGGACUAUAAAGCCAGAAGGGCGUAUAAAACUCAGCCUGCCAAAGUCAAAGGCAUGCAAGGGGCAGAGGGUAACUUUGUGAAGAUCAAUCUGAAGAAGAAAUCCCAUGUCAAAGGAUACGCUCUCAGAGGUGCUGGUCUACGCAAACAGAUAUACAUGGAGAAGUUCCAGCUGAAGGGCGAACGUUUCGGUGGACAUGGAUUUCUUAGCAGAGGAGGAGGAGGGGGUGGUUUCAGAGGGGGAGGAUACAGAGGAGGUUUCAGAGGGGGGAUGAAUCAGUCGGGGGACAUCUGCUACAAGUGUGGAGGGACCGGACACUGGGCCAUCCACUGCAAGGGACCAGCCCCCCCCCCUUCUGCUGCAGAGGACCAGGAGCCGUUUGACCUGCCCACCUUGGAGGAGGUUGCCAGGGCAACAGGCACACUGCAACCUCAGCCGAUGGCAGCGUCUUCCAGUACAGCAGAGGAGCAGCCGUCCCAGGAUAAGCAGGGUGACGGUAGCACUAAAGACGAGGUGUUGCUGAACGUGAUUCGUCCUGACUAUGAGCGUCCCGUUGUUCCACCUCCAAUGGAACCACUGUUUCCUCUCACAGAUGAUGGGAAAGUCCAGGAAGCGCCUCCUGAGCUGUAUGAAGCCCUGAAAGAACUCGGCUAUCAGUCAUUUAGACCCGGACAAGCGGAAGCUAUCAUGAGGAUCCUGUCAGGUCUCUCUACCCUGGUAGUGUUGUCAACAGGGAUGGGUAAAUCGUUGUGCUAUCAGCUCCCAGCCUACAUGUAUGCUAAGCGAUCGAAUAGCAUCACUUUGGUCAUUUCCCCUCUAGUCUCCCUAAUGGAUGACCAGGUGUCUGGCCUGCCAGCCAAUCUGAAGGCAGCCUGUAUUCACUCCAACAUGAGCAAGAAACAGAGAGAAGCUGCGAUAGAAAAGGUGAAGGCAGGCGAGGUGUGUGUGUUGCUGCUCUCCCCGGAGGCUCUGGUGGGGGGAGGGGGAUCAGGUGCAGGGUGUCUCCCCUCUGCUCAGGACCUCCCUCCUGUGGCCUUCGCCUGUAUUGACGAGGCUCACUGUGUCUCAGAGUGGUCGCACAACUUCAGACCCUGCUACCUGAGACUCUGUAAGGUGCUUAGGGAGCGUUUGGGAGUGCGGUGCUUGCUGGGACUCACAGCUACGGCCACACUUUCCACUGCUAUGGACAUCGCACGACAUCUGAACAUCAACGAUAAAGACGGCAUCGCAGUCCGAUCUGCAGCAGUGCCUCCGAACCUGCACCUGUCUGUGUCCAUGGAUAGAGAAAAAGAUCAGGCUUUAGUGUCCUUGCUGAAAGGAGAUCGUUUUGGUUGUCUGGACUCCAUCAUCGUCUACUGUACUCGCAGAGAGGAGACCACUCGCAUUUCAGCGCUGCUCAGGACCUGCCUGCAAGGAGUGAUCCUGAAAGAAAACAAAAAUAUAAACAGCAACAGUCGGGCAGAAUACAACCCUAUAGGACAGAAAAAGAAAGACUUGGCAAGGAAGAAGAUUCGUAAACCUCUGAAAUGGCAGGCGGAGUCGUACCAUGCCGGCUUGUCCUCUUCAGAGCGCCGUCGUGUCCAGAACAACUUCAUGUGCGGGGAGCUCCGACUCGUGGUGGCCACUGUGGCGUUUGGCAUGGGCCUCGAUAAGUCUGACGUCCGCGGCGUCAUCCACUACAACAUGCCUAAAAGCUUUGAGAGCUACGUCCAGGAGAUCGGGAGGGCAGGAAGAGAUGGAGAGCCCGCACACUGUCACCUCUUUCUGAACCCUGGGGGUGAGGACCUCCAUGAGCUCCGUCGGCAUAUACACUCGGACACGGUGGACUACUUCACAGUAAAGAAACUGGUCCAGAAAGUUUUCCCUCCAUGUAAAUGUAAACAGAUUCACCAGAAACAACAGGAGCUUGAACAGGACAUGGAAGAUAAGGAGAUGAUGGAGAUGAUGGAUAUGUGCGAUCCAGAGAACCUGAGCGCUCCCACUCAGCAGGAUGUAGAACAUACAGACACACCAGAGAACCUGAGCGCUCCCACUCAGCAGGAUGUAGAACAUACAGACACACCAGAGAACCUGAGCGCUCCCACUCAGCAGGAUGUAGAACAUACAGACACACCAGAACAGUCAACUGCACAGGAGUCGUCACAUCCAGAGGCAGCAGAGCUCCCGCUCCAAGACUGUAAAGAUGAAGGAAAGGAAAUGGAGCUGGAGGAGGAGAAAGAGGAGCAGAGAGUUAAACAUGAAGAAGCCGAGGGUUCGAUAAAGCCCAAGGAUGGGAAGUUGCAAGAAGCUGAUUGGCUAAAGGACCAGGAAGAGGACAGCAGUGAUUGGCCCAAAGAGCGGGUCUGUCACACGCAUGAGAGAGCGAUUCCCAUGGAAGCAACUGUGGAGGCUCUGGACGUCACAGAGGAAGGUGUAGAAACGCUGCUCUGCUAUCUGGAGCUGCACCCCCAGCGCUUUGUGGAGCUGCUCCACCCCACGCUGUCUGUGUGUAAAAUCGGCUGCUAUAGUGGACCCAAACAACUCCAGAAACUCAUUAAAAUUUGCCCUCCCAUUGCUGUGGUGUUGGCCAGAAGGCGGAUGGCGGGCGAGCGAGUGGAGACGUGUGAUCAGCUGGAGUUCGAUGUCGUUGAGGUUGCAGACACUAUGGGAUGGCAGCUAUCUCUUGUGAAGAGAGGACUCCGACAGCUGCAGUGGUCCUCCGUUGGAGGCCGUAGCGGUGUCAGCGUUGAAUUGUCUUCCUUAUCGUUCUACUUCCGAUCCUUUGGCGACCUCAGCGACGAGGAGAUGGACAGAGUGUGUCAGUUCCUCUAUAAUCGAGUCCAGAACCAGGAGAAAACGCAGAUCUACCAGCUCACCUCCGCCUUCAAGGCCUUCAAAAGUGUUGCAUUUCCGAGUGCAUCGUCCUGUGUCGACGACUUGGAUGAGAGUCGCAGUCUGAGGCUGAAAGACCUUCUGUCCGAUUACUUCGACAAGAGGCGGGACCUAAGCCAGAUGCUCGCACCGGUGUACAUCGAGGAGCUCGACAAAUAUAAGUUUUCAGACUGGGAGAAUCAGAUCAGAGCGGACAUCAGAAGUUUUCUCUCCAACCGGAGUGAUGAGAAGUUUUCUGGAAGAGCUGUUGCUAGAAUCCUCCACGGCAUAGGCAGCCCUUGUUUUCCUGCUCAGAUCUACGGCAGGGACAGGCGCUACUGGAGGAAGUACAUCCAGUUUGACUUCAACCAGCUCAUCAGACUGGCCACUCAGGAGAUCAUUCACUUCAAGUGAGAGACCAAAUGUGCACACACAGACACAGGUGUGCACAGAUACAGGUGUGCACAUAUAAAGGUGUGCAUCAAUCACUUACUCACUCACUUGUGAGGUCGGGUUUCAAUAGAUUUGGCCAGAAACACCUGUUUUGUAUAUAAUAUCACGUUUAUACCAUCAUGUUGAAUUCAUUUAUCUGCUGUGUUUUCUAAAAUGUUUAGUUUUUAUACGUAUGUGAAGUAUAAAUAAAAAGUGGUCUGUAAUAAAAAAUAAAAUAUUUGUAUUUUUCUA